AGGAGGCGGGAAAGGGCCUGGGGGAAGGAGCAUGCGCAAAGGACGUUUGACGCCUCGAGUGCCCUCAGCUAAGAUGGCAGCCUCGACUUCGCUCCUUUGAGCCUCCUUAGCCCCGCUGCGACCAGGAAAGCGCUUCAGCUUCUUCUGGGAGGAAGAGGUUCUUUCCCAAAACCCAGGACGAAGACCCCCCUUCACUUUAUUGAGGUUUCUGCUCCAUUUCAGCCAAGGUUGCAGGAAGUUACAAUGGCAGAGAUCUGAUUGCACCCUGCACUAUAUUGACUUGGAAUGAAACAAAAUAACUAAUAUAGGAAGCACAUGGACAUCUUACUAAGUGCAUUGACAUCUUAUUAGAAUAAUGUUACCAGCAUGUCUGUGCAAUCCUUGCUGUGUGAGAGAAUUGCUGUUGCUAAGGAGCUGAUCAAGAGGGCAGAGGUGCUUUGCAGGUCCCAGAAAGCUGGCAUAGAAGGGGGUUCAAAACUCUGCAGCAGACUGAAAGCGGAGUUAAAGUUCUUACACAAGGUGGAGGCUGGAAAGGUGGCCAUCAAAGAAUCUCAUCUGCAGAGUACGAACCUCACUCAUCUGCAAGCCAUCAUUGAAUCUGCGGAGAACUUGGAGGAGGUUGUUGCUGUCCUCCGUGCCUUUACUUAUGAAGAUAAAUGUGGUGAAAAGCAGAGUUUGGUGGUGGAUGUUGUUGCAAAUAGUGGUCACACUUGGGUGAAAGCAAUUGGUCGAAAGGCCGAAGCGCUGCAUAACAUUUGGUUGGGAAGAGGGCAGUAUGGUGACAAAAGUAUCAUUAAGCAAGCAGAAGAUUUUCUGCAAGCAAGUGAUCAACAACUGGUGCAAUACAAUAACCCACAUAUUAUCUUUGCAUUCUACAAUGGUGUGUCUUGCCCAGUGGCAGAGAGACUGAAAGAGAUGGGCAUAUCUGUGCGGGGGGACAUAGUUGCUGUGAAUGUAUCGAUGGAGCAUGCCAAGGAAAACCUCCACUUAAGUUCUAGCGAUUCUGAUGAUGGAGAUGAAUGCUUUCUAGUCACAAAAGUAGAUCGGGAUGCUUUAAUAGCAAGCGUAGCUUUUCCUACGGAGGUCAGAGUGGAUAUGUGCAAUAGGGUUAACUUGGAUAUUACUACUCUGAUUACCUAUGUCUCUGCCCUUAGUUAUGGGGGCUGUUACUUCAUCUUUAAGGAGAAAGUCCUGUCUGAGCAGGCAGCACAGGAGAGAGAAGAGAGUGUGCUCCCACGGCUGGAAGAGUUCAUGAAGGACAAGGAGUUGUUUGCCUGUGAAUCUGCAGUUAAAGACUUUCAGGUUAUCUUAGAGACCUUGGGAGGUGCAGGAGAGAAAAGUCGAGCCAUGCAGCUCAUGGAAAGAAUCCAUGUAGUGCCAGACCAGCCCUCUGAAUAUGCCUUAAAGUUAGUGCCUAGCUCCAAAAUCAGUCAGCGUUCACUGACCAUUUUUGGGACAGGAGAUGCUUUAAAGGCCAUCACCAUGACUGCCAACAGUGGCUUUGUUAGGGCAGCAGCAAACCAGGGAGUUAGAUUUAGUGUGUUUCUUCAUCAGCCAAGGGCCUUGACAGAAACCAAAGAACCUUCUGGCACACCUUUUCCAGAGCAUUGAUUUGGGCCCUGAUCGUGCAGACUACUUAUCUAGGGGCAUUUAAAUAUUCGACCCAAUGGGCCAGCCAUCCCAAUUAAUACUUAAAGAACUGAAGUUUAUUUAUACUUCCUAGAGCAGAAGCACUUUCAUAAACCAAAAAUAUGCAAACACAAUCCGGCCAAUAGAACUAAACAUAGCAAGAAACAUGGGGCUACUGCUACAUCAUUAACAUUGCUGAGUUCUGCCACUCUCCAGCGUUAACAUCUAUGUGGUGGCAUCAUUUUCAGUGCAGACCCUUGCUUCUGUGUUACUGAGCUAUUUUUUUAUGCUGUUGACAUGCAAAUAUAUAACAAAUGCAGAAGAAGUCCAUAGCCUUGGUCGUGUGGAUGGGACUCAGCCUGAGAUUACUGCUUUGCUAACAGCUGUGUAUUUGCAGGAAAGUUUACUUCUGCAAAGGAGUUGAGCACACAUGUCCUAUACAUGUCUCCCUUGAAAACCAACUUCUGUUACAGAUGAAUGAUUUAAUGUUCUUAAAUUCAGCUGGAUUGUGACAUAAGUCUUAUUUUUUCCAGGGUCUGUUUUGCCAUGAAUAUUACAAGGCUGUGAUCAUGAGUCAUUUGGCAGAAUCCACCCAGAACAUCAUCCAGCCACCCAAAUUUACCAGCAUUAAGUCUCAUUAAUAGUUUUAAGUGCAUUCUAAAAUCAUCCACUGAAACCAAUGUCCUUUAUUUAUUUAUUUUUAAAGUUAUUUUGGCUGAUUUGUAGUUUUUAUCUUUAUGUGGAAUCUCUUCGAUUUACAAAAUAGUAGCUUCUUUGUACUUUACUGGAGAUAAUUAUGAUGUUGACAGAGUACAAAAUAGUAAUAAAAUGUUACCAUUCAAAUAUAA